GGGAGGCCGGAGAGGAGAGCUCGAGGACAUCCUUUCUCGAGGGAGAUUCUCGCUGCUCCUUUGCCGAAUAAUUUCAAGGAGACCAACUUGGUCUAUGAUGGGUCGUCUGACCCGUCGAGGCAUGUGAGGACCUUUGAAAAUAUGGAUGUGUUACAUGGAUAUUCUGAUUCUGUUUGUUGCAGGGCGUUUCUAUCGACCUUGCGUGGGGGAGAACUUGACUGGUUUCAUCAGUUACUCUCAGGGUCGAUUGCGGAUUUUGAGGAUUUUUCCUGCAAGCUUACCAAUCAAUAUUCGAGCGCGGUGGCACAAGAGAAAACAUAUUUGACUUUGAUGUCAAUGAGACAGGGGGAGAAGGAGUCGUUGAGGAAGUAUGUUGCUCGAUAUAAUCAGACGUGUUUGGAGGUGCACUCUGCCUCAGAUGAGGUGAAGGCGGGAGGAUUGAUAAGAAGUCUUCGAGCAGGGCCUUGCCGAACUUCCCUGGCAAAGACCCCUGCUCGAUCAUACGAGGAUGUCUUGAAGC